AUGGACUUGCAAUCUGAACACGAAAAAUAUUUAUGUCAGUAUUUUGACAAUAAGCCGGUUUUUGUGCUUAAUUAUCCUGCCCAAUUAAAGGCUUUUUAUAUGAAAAACAAUCCCGACGGAAAAACGGUGGCUGGUUUCGAUUUAUUGUUUCCGGAAAUUGGAGAAUUAAUUGGCGGCAGUGUGCGGGAAAAUAAUUAUCAAUUUUUAAUAGCCAAGGCUCGAAAAAUAGGCUUAGAUAUCAAUAACUUACAUGGCACCGAAAACAUUAGAGAUACGGCUGCUUUUCCGCUGUAUCCUAAGCACUUGGAGUUUUAG